GUUACAACAAGGAGGCGCCGCUUGCCUCUAUCCCAUCUGCAGAGAUGCCUACAGGGAGAUGGUACUGGAACCUGCCCUUGGUCACCUGCAUUCUGCUCUUCCUUCCGACGGGGAUCGUAGCGGUUCUGUACCAGAUGAAGAUGAGGAGCAUCCGACAGCAGCGGAUGAGUCACAGUCUGGCACCUGAUUGCGUCUGA